AUGGCCGAAAUCGAGAACCACUUCACAGUCUUCAUCCGUCUCCCCUUCAACCGGGGUCACUUCGUCGAUCCUCCCCCCGUGGCUUGGUCUGCUGCCAAAGAGCGAGCACUAUGGGAUGUCAUGUCUCGCCAGUCCAAGAACAAUGAAAUCGACUGGAAGGCGCUAUCGGAGAACUUCGAAGUCUCCCAGACAUUCCUCCUUCAACAAGCUGCAUGGCUCUACGAGCGACAACUAUCCCAAGUCCGGGCCCAGAUGCGCCGAGUCGGAAAUAGACAAUCCGCCACGCCGUCCCCGGCUCCAGGAUCAGCUUCAGCCAGCAUGGUGGGUGGCCAGGCGAUGAAGAGAGCUGGUAGCGGAGGGUCACGUGUCCCUUCUCGCUUGUCCACCCAGCACCUUGGAAGUCCUGUUGCGGGAGGAGACAGUACACCAGGAACUCCUGCUAAGAGCAGGACUUCUCUACCAUUCCGGAAUACGACGGGGGCUGUUGCAGCUGCGGGUGGUCCACAGUCCAGAGUGGCUUCCGGAACGUCGAGGCCGUUAUCGAGGCAGUCUUCCAAGGAUGCGGAGGCGCCGCAGUCUAGAAGAGGCAGUAUCCAACAUCCAUUGGCAAGAUCACCAGGCCAGACGCGGAGUAAUCAGCCUCAAUCGUCUGACUCUGAAGAUGAGAUGACUCAAUCCCGUAUUAUGGCUCGUCGACCGAACCCGUCAUCCAUGCACCGCCGCGUUCUAUCGUACAGAAAGGAGCACCAAUCCCAGAAAGGAACGGCGGGCAAUCUGGACGAGAAGAGUCUUGCACAAAACCCACCUCCCCACGACGAGGAAGACGAUGAAGAAGACGAGCCAUCUUUCCUCCCCUUUGCCAAUCCCGCAUCUGAAAACAAGGCUCGGCCAUCAUCUUCCUCUCCACAGGAUCCCAGCGCAACCUUGCGAGGCGGAUUGCAAUCACAGCGACCUGGCAUCCAACGUCGUACGACAUCUGAACGCAUAGUCUCGUCUCCAACCAUCGAGCCGCCUACUCCAGUGCAAACUCAGCGGAAUCCAUCAACCAUGACAUCCUCGACCUCAUCUCUGUCUUCUCCUACCCAUCCCACCGCUGCAAACACAACCUCGACUCGACCCACGCCUCGAACUGAUGCUCAAUACCCUACUCAAGGUCACCUACCAACCCAGCCGCCCGCCAUUCCCAGGCUCGGCACGCCUUUGUCUCCUCCUCACCGUGGCCUCCUGCACAAUCACUCACAAUCGGCAUCAGCAGCCGCAUCCCCUCGCCGCCAUGGCACCGGCCCGGGUUCUGACACUUCGCCUUCUAUGGGCUCCUCCUUCUCCGACCUCGAUGAUACGAGUGUGACACAAUCAGCAUUGGAAGAAGCAUUGUUGAGUGGAAUGGGGAACACCACGAUGACGACGCAGUUUGGAGGUUUUGGAGGGCGGGUCACCAGUGGGAUUGGACAGGCUUUGAGAUCAAGGUAUUUUGAUGCAAGGGGCGGCGAAGGUCAUGGUCGUGGAGGUGGAGGGGGAGCUGGUGCUGCUGGUGGUUCUACUGCACCUAGCAAUGCGAGCGAGAGAUGA